GCGUAGGCAAGGACACCGCAGGACCGUAGCGAGUAACGAGAGGGAGAGAGGUAAGCAAUUCCGAUGCGGGGGAGAGAGUCUAGGAAGGGCAGAGAAUGCUGCGAUCCUGCCGGUCUGUCACCGAACGGCAAUCGUCCCUCGCCAUCGCCGAGUUCUUCGUCGCCGUUGGCCGGUUUUGCCGAAGAGGGGUGUUGCUGGUCUUCAUAGAACAUCGUCGUCUGACAUGCAGUCUGACGCACUGCUGAAGAAGGCUGUCUUCGAGCUCGAUGCGUCCAGGAGAAGAGGUCUUGCUUCCGUUGUCUACUCCUGUAUAGGAAAGGAGGGUGAUGUACUUUAGAGAACUCCAAAGGACAUUGUGGGCGACGACGACAUGGCGAGUCUUCGCAGUGCACGACGUGGCCGACAAAAAUCUCUUCUCGAGGUGCUUGCUCCUCUCAGCAAAACCCAAGCUGCAGCGGAGGAAAAACUAUGUGCUGAAGAGGUAAGGAGCAUACAGGGCAGGACAUCAACAAAGUUGCCUUUACUCCUGAGGUUACUUAAGAAUGGUUCAAAAGGUGGAUCUUCUCCAGCUGAACCAGGUGCAGAGACAAGGUCCGCACAAGGAGGGGAAAAGCAGCCAGUUGAACCACAAUUGCUCAAGAGGAAGCGUGUGUAUUCGCCGCCAUCGUCGAGCAGGGACCCACCAACAAAGUGUAAUAUCCCCUUCGAGACAUCUUCAAUGCGGGGUACUUGGCUGAAUGUGGAGGAAGAUAGACAAGAUUCAGGUACAGCUGCUUCAUGGAAGACGAGUCGCAGUGUGGCUACGAGCCGAGAUGAAAAUGCCUGGAGUCAUGGUGUGGCAACGAGCCGAGAUGAAAAUACUUGUGCGAGAAAGUCUAGCGUUGGCAGCUGUCCACUAAAUCUAGUCGAUAUGGGUGUUGGGAGAAGCAGCCUCUACAAUGAAAAGAGUCCCGUGCUAGCGAAGGAGAAUCCAGAUAUCUUCAUCUCCUCUGAUGGACCUGUAAAGAAAGCCAAUUUGAAGUCCGCCCAUACUUCAACUGGUUUAAGACCUAGUCUGGGAGUUUGCGCAGAUGGGUCAGCCUUACAAAUGUCCAAAUCUGCUGGUCAGGCGGGUUCCUCGCGUCGUGAUCUGCGUAGCGCUGCAUCCAUGGAGGAGCUUCCGGCAAACUGUUGUGAAACUGCACUGAAGGAUGGAGGGAAGGAAGAUAACGCUCAUCGCUGCUGCAUCUGUGGCCGCGUUUAUCCGGACGAAGAAACAUACAUGCAUCAUUGGAAGGAGGAAAUGCAAGGUGUGCUUGAUGAUACUGAUGGUGGCGAUGGAGGAAUGCAGUUUUGCUGCAAUAUUCCUCAAUCUGCACCGGAAGGCAGGGCUUUUCAAACACCAGAUGCACUGCGUGUUAGCCCUGAUAGAUCUUCCUUGGGAGUGGAGAAGGAGGGAACCGACAAUGCAGAUGAAAACGAGUUUGUUGCUGGUUGCAUGGCUUGGGACUCUUCUCAAGGACCUGGAAGGAUGUAUGGGAAGAAAAAUACCUCUGAUGAUGGGAGUUCACAGAGUGGGACCUCCAGGUUCGAGGCAAGGGCUGGGACAGAAGAGCCAAGUGCAACAGAGCAUUCUGCCCACAGGGGAGCACACCCUGUUUUCCAUAAUGGCAAGGCGCAAACUGCUGGUGUCAACCCUUUUUUUAGUCUUGUAAAUUCUCAGAGAACGGACAAGACACCUACACAGACAAUUUGGGGGAGGGGGAGUCAGAGAAUUCCAGAUGUGCCGAGAGCAAAACAUGCCGAGACUGCAUCAGGAAAUGCAUCCGGUGAUGGAGUCCUGGACUUCUUAAAGGUGCUUGGCAAAGGAGCACCGACGGAGUGUGACAACAAAAUCAACCUGCCUGCAGGAACAGUAGUGGAAAAAGGGCAAAGGGAAGACCAGGAUGCUGAUUGUAAGGCAAUGCCAGCUGCUGGGAAAACGUGUUUUAGUUUUGUGAACCCCGCUGCAAAACAAACGGAGAAGUCGUCUUCAUCCCAUAGUGUUCUUGUCAUUGGUGGCAGUCCUAAACGCCGACCUGCUGGCUUCCCUCUUGCCUCGGAGUCAGCUGCAAAGCCUUACAGGCUUUUGAUCGACAGCUCUGGAGAUGGAGAAAGAAGAAAUACUGAUCCGAGUGUCACCGAACAAAUACAUGUUGAACGCAAUCGAGUAGGAUGGAGGCGAAGAGGACGAAGGGGACGGAGGAGGUUUGGCGGCAGGGCAAGCAAGAGGCUGCCCAGCAGUGGACACCAAGAGCCCAACACAGUCACAAGGAACAACGUCAAUGCUGAGAAUGAGACUUUCUUCAAUCAUUAUGCAGAUGGGGAGGGGUUUUGGGAUGCAGAUCAAGUGGGUCUGGACUGUGCCGAGCUUGGAGUUGGUGGAGUGGGAGGAUGGGAAUUGAUCGAGUCUCACAACCCCCAGAGGGCAGUAAUUAUACUGCAGGUGGAGGCCUUACAGUUUGUGGCCUGCAGGUUUGACCUUUUUGUCUAUGGACAUGAUGGAGCUAAUGAGCGGAUAGCCUAUGGCUUCGUCCAACCAUACAUCUUGCACUUGCAAGAAGCAGAGAGGCAGUACAGCGAUAGUCAAAGACGCUCACUCAUACUCGAUCCAUGCAAACGAUUGCGUGAUGGGAGCGCAGCAGAAGCUCUUCUUCAACACAAUUACAAUUGUGUGGAGACCUAUAAUGGAGCCUCGAUCGAGGAGGCUCGACCUCCGGUGGAAUCCGGAGGACAUCACUCCCCAGAUGUGGCUCCCGGGGGAGAAACGUGGUUCACAAAGAAGACCAUGGAGAGGUUUGUGCGGUUUGUGCUCAACCCGGAGAUAUUGGAGAGAGUCGUGGGGAUGAAUGAAGAGGUAUUGCGGCUUGAGGAAGCAAUCAAAGGACUCUCCAGUGGAGCAGAAGAGUAUGCCGGUGAAGAGGAUCAAUCGGAAAGACAAACGAUUGGUGUUGACUUGUCAAGCAAUCAAGAAGGACACGAUGCUUCACCGAACUUUCUGCAUAAGUUGUCUGACAGGAUGCUCAAACGCCGUGUACUGCAAAAACGACGUCUUGUCCUCCAGAGGGAAUACGCACUUGCGGCUGGAAGAGCAAGGGCGGCCGGCUUUGGUGUCGAAACUGUACAGGCCUUGUUAGCGUUUGCCGAGUGCUUUGAGGCAAACAGAUUGAGAGUUUGCACAACCGUCUUCACCCGAAUAGAAAGCACGGUCAUUAUGGCUGCAUCUGGAUUCUGGACUGAAAGUUGGGCCAAAUGCAGCUAUAAUGACCGGGCGUUCUAUUCAGGUGAAGACGGGAGGAGACUCAGAGUGGCAGCAAGAGUUGCAUUCUUUGAAAGAGAAUUGAAAAUGGCGGAGUGGGGUGCUGGAACCCCUAGACUGAAAUCCAGAAACUCAGCAGCUGGUCGAUGGGCUGACACCUGCCUGUAUCCAAGGUCGCCUAUUACUGCUGGAGAGGAAGUAGGGUUGAGAAUGACAGCCCACCGACAGAGAAAUUACGAAGGGACGAAGGCUGGUGCAGAGGUGGAGAGCACCAGUCCUCACUCGAGGUCUUCCAUAUCUGCGUCACAGGAAGUAGGGAUGAGGGUGAUGAGGAACCUUGCAACAAAUAGUGAAGGCAAGGAGUUCACACCACAGGUGGAAGGACCAGCACAACUUGAUAUGCGCUCUUCCGAUCGGCGAUUGAUAGUUGCAACAGGUCAUGAAGCUGAGGAGAAUUUCAGGGCAGAAACCCCUCAAGAUCUUCAUGUAGGCUUUAGGGAGAGUUUUGAUGUGGAAAGAACUGGCCGCCCCAGCCCGUCACCGUUGGCAAACGGCCUAGCCUGUCAGUCUGCCGAACAUGUGGGAACUCCUGUGGGAACCCCUAUGGAUGGCAUCUUCUCCCCAAUAGAUCUAGAAAUGAGGGAUUCCAACGGUGAGCAUCCGACAAGAACACAACUGUCUGCGAAACUCGAGCCUCAGUGCUUGUUUAUGACACCUCAAACCUCGUCUGGAGCCAUGGCUGAUGAAUCUUUGCAAUGUGCAGAUGCAGAUUCAUUGUUGCGAGAAAGAAUGACUACCCAUGUUGACAAUGGAGGCCUGCCACGGGUGGCAGAGGGGUGCAUGUUACAAGCCAUCGAGCUAGAAAGGCUGGAUCUGCAACAGGAGGACAGCCUGUCGUCAGAUUCUGAUGUUGCUGAGCAGAGACAUGGGGAUGAAUAUGGAGACCAAAAUAUGUUAUCACACCCUUGUAAAUGGAAUAUAGAGCCGUGCCCCUUGACUUCUCCAAUGAGAGGGGAGGGGACUCGACAAACCAGUACGGUCACAAGGAUUAAAGGUGGUCCUGCUCAGGUCAGCGAUGGUGAGUUUCUAAGGACAACUGAUGAUUGGGCUCAGGACUCGGUUCACCUGAGAGGUUGGAAACCUCUUGUUGGUGUUUCGGGACGAAGCAAGGGCACAUUUCAAUCAGAAGCAUUGGUACCAAAGAUUCCACCAGAGUUCAAAUCAACUAUAUCCCCAUGGCAAACAGUUGAGCUUGACUCCGAAGGUUCUAUGGGUGGUGGUUUGCACCUCAUGUCUCCUGAUGCAGAUCUGCCAAAGCGAAUCAAUUGGCCAAUGUGUUUGAAAGCUCCAGAGAAGGAAGCGAGCCCUUCGGAUGAGCAAAGACAUCACGAUUCUGAUGAUGAGAUUGCAAGUGGAUCUACUCAAAAGGAUUGUAGAUGCACCGAGGUGGACGAUGAUACAAAGGACGUUUGUACAGAAGUCAGUUUAGAAGCUGGUAGUGUGGUCGCCAGCUUUAUUGAGCAGGGUUGGGAUCAUGAUGCAGUUAGUAGUAGGGAGGUGCCGAAGCAGGUAGACAUCGCUGAUAAGCAAGAUGAGCAUCGUGUAGAACAGAGCAUGACUGUAAUGAGUGAAGAUGCUCUUGACAGGGAAACGGUUUUGCGGCAAGUAAAGGAGGUUGAAGUUAAAGUGAAUGAUUGGGUUGAUGUGGCAUGUGGAGAUGUUGUUCUGGCGGUAAAUGUAAACAAUUCCCUGAACAAUGUCAAGCAGGAUGGCGAUGGGAGUGAUCUUGCUCCAGUGGGGGAAACUGUUUUUACUGCUCAGCCAGCAAAACUUUCGCGGGAAAUUGAUUCAAAAGUGGACAGCAUUGCUGAUGCUGUUGCUGGUGCUGUCAAACUUGGUGAGCCUGUUGAAAGUUGCAAAGAGUCAGAUGGUUUCCGUGGACGGCUUCUUACAGAUCAAGAGGAUGGGAAAGGCUGUGAUAAGAAACUUGCUCCUUUGGCGAAGAGUCGAGUGAGAAGAACGAAGUCUGAUGUACCAUGGACAUUUACGGUUGACCGUGCUAGGGAGCAUAUGAAUGAUCGUACAGUGGAUGGGGAGCACUGUUCUGAAAGGCUAAUGCUUUUGAAGAUGGCAUCAGAGGGUGAUCAGGGAUCAAGCUACCAUGAGAGGCGGGAUGCUUGGCUGAGAGAAAAGAGGAACAAGACUGACACAGAGAAGGAACACGAGCUGCAGAUAAUGGCAGAUGUGAUAGAGAGAAAGAAAAGCCAGAUUUUGGGUCAGCUCUUAGAGCGUCCAGCAAGGCAUUACAGAUCGAAAGCUGUGCUCCCACUGGGAACAGUGGAUGAAGAUUCGGGAUUUGGGUCUGCCAAGGAAUGUGAGAAGUGGGAAAUGGAGGCACAGGAGAUGCUAAGGACGAAUAGGCAGAUGCGGGUUCAGGAGCUGCUGAUGAUUUGGAGAUCCGAGGUUGAGAAAGAAUUGGGCAGGAAACAGGAGGAUGACAGCAAAAGGAGUGAGGGUUUGCAAGCCCAACAUCGUGUGGAGAAAGUACUUGAACGACUGGAGACCCUCCUGGAUCACCACUCUCGUGGACCUCUGUCUGUCAGUGUAGCUGCAGCAUCAAUCACUGCCUCAAUAAACAAAGCCCGCCGUGAAUCGAGUCCGUUGCCGCAAUCUCCAUCAAAGGGGGUUGUGAAUAUGCAACACCCACCACGAGAACGGUCUGCUUCGCGGUUGGUGCAUCAGCCCGAAUCUUGCUCAAAGAUUCCACCGAGCAAUCAUCACGAUGGAGAGAGGUCUGUGGGGGGGGUAGGCUCAGGAACACCGCCUGUUGGGGUAACCCGUAGAAAGGGGGUCAGGGCGGUCUCUGUAUCCGCAUCUCAUACAGGUUCGUCUACUGUGACUGCAAAGGCUUCGAGCCACAGCAGGGCAAUAUCAGCGCCAUCACCGAGGGCUGCGGGGAGCUCCAGAGGGGUUGCCCAGCGUGUGAUGCGCCCGAGCUCAUUCAAUGUAACAUCAUCAACCAUGGCAGCAGGAGUCGUUUCAAAGACUAAGCGAACGACUGGGAAAGUGGCAGGUGCAGGAUCUGUGGGAACAUCGACUUCGAACUCCAUAUCGAUAUCCCUGUCCCUUCAUGUGAAAAAGGAGAAUGUCAGACCUCAGAAGAAUACCUUCACUAAGGAGGAUGUUAUUCAAGAAGAGAGGUCGGACUUUGUGGUUAAUAAAGUGAGCGCUAAGGCCAAACCGGGGCAUAGGCGUAUUCGGAGUGAUGGAGGAUGGGCCACUUUUGCGUCCAGUCCGAUUGCACAGGUUUUAGAGCCUAGCAUCUCCGCUUCUGACAUGGCAAGAAACAGGGAAGGAAGCAAGCCUUGUAGGCAACCACCUAAGGUCGGGACCGGGGGGACUGUGCCCGGGACAGGAAAAGCAAGUGCAAGACGAACAGACUCUGGAAGGAUGCAAUCCCUAAGGUCGAGCAACACAAUGAAAGGCACAGGGGAUGACAGGGGGAGAAGAAAGGACAGGGAAAGGCAUGGAGCUGAUAGCAAGUCUGUUAGCUCUUCAGAAAGUGUGCAUAGAUUGCCUUGCAAUGCCACAGAUAAGCCGGCGCAGAGAAGGUGCAGUGUUGCUAAUGAGGCUGAUUGCAUUAGUCUCUGUGGCUCAGCUUCACCGUCGAUGGGGAAGGGGACUGAAGCACCCAAAGUGAGGAGCUUCCUUCGCAAAGGAACUGGCAUUGGCUCAGGCAAUAGAGUUAAGCCCGUGCAUCUUGAUUCCGAUAUGAAGUUUGUGAUCACCAAACCGUACAUGAGUCCUGAGCCGGUGGCGAGGUCCAUUUCGGUUGGUGUAAUAGAGCGAGCAAGGGUGACAGUCACUUCAAUCAACUGCAGGAUCGAGGAGAACGGGGAUGAUGAUUCGAGGCAUAUAGGGGGGAAGAGGUCAUGCACAGUAGCAGGGAAGAUUAGGCAACGAUCGAAGUCUGCAUUGCCAAGAACCAGUGUUUCGACGGCCGUACAAGGGAAGGUGGUACAUUGCGAGAGGCAGAGAAUCACUGGGGUUGAGAGGAUGGACAUCACACCACACAGGGAUUUUCCACAAGUGGCCGUUGUGGGUGGUCGUAUGGUACCAGCAAGAAAGGGUGCAAGGUCACAGACACUGGGUUCUGAAUCUCCUGUGCGCGCUACAGAGUUGCCGCCAUCAUCCUCUUCAUGCCUGCAGGACAGUCCUUGUACUCAGCUGUUGAAGACUGUCCUUACAAAGGAGUUACAGGGCCUUGGCUCACGCUGUUGUCGAGUGUCCUCAACAGGGCCAAAUGAAGAGGUAAUUGCGGAUAAGGAAACACAUCUGGACACAACGGCCGCAGGUGUGGAGCUAUCGCCAUCAGCUAUUCUAGCUGGCACUCCGGACACUGGAGCCAGACACAUGGCAUGUGUUUCGGGGAAGCAAUCAAAAGAGAAAGCAGCAGGGAAGCAAAACCCGGUCAGUGCCAGCGUGCCAGAGAGUGCUUUGCAGCAGGGUAUCCGUGGAGGGCCGAGAAUGAGGAGGAAGGCAGGAGCUGUAGGCGGAGGGGUGAUAAGAAAAGGCGAGUCGAGAUUGCCAUCUCAGAGGGACACAAAGGACACAAUCGUACCUAGUGAAUGGACCCAGACCCCGGUGAAAGAUUGCGCCAGCUCGAAGAACAAGGCAAAGUCAGCUAAUAUUGCCUCAGCCCGUCCGCAGGCAACGAAGACAGGUACGGGGGAAGCUCUCUGGCCAAGGCUCAGCUCACCUUGGCGAUUCAUCAGGUGCUUUCAGGGCGUAGUAACCGGGCCAAGGAAAGGAUGCGGGGAGAAGGUGUCUGAAAAUUCUGAACAGUGGAUGCCCAUGAAAAACAGUGGGCUCGCUUGAUGGACUGAUGGGAAGUCACAACUUUUAUGUGUGUUUUUUUAAUACCGAUGGGGACGCAUGUCAGCGAGUGAGUGUUCUAUCUUGUUCGUUUUCUGUCGUAUUGGUGUCGCUGGAUGUAUAUUGCAAUGUUGAUGAGCUGCAGAGGAUGAUGCUUGUUAUGAAACGUACUGUUCUGCCUGCCCGCGGCCUGAGAAGUUAGAGCUUACUCUGAGUGAGCAAUUGAGGCAUAGGAUGAUCAUGGCACCUGUAACCGCUUUGUUUGUUUCUCUCUUUUCUGUUUUUGGUUAUACAGUUCUGUUCCACUUUCUUGCACAUUUCUGGGUUCGUCUUAGUCCUGAUGAGCUUGGAAUGUGGUAGAAUCUCUGUACAGAGUCGAAUAGGUUUCGAUGAUCAAGCUUUCGUCUGAACAUAUGCUGCAGCCAUGGACUGGGGGCAAAGAACUCGUCUUCAAGCACAAGAGGGUUACCCCUGGAGCAUUCUCACUGACAGCAGCUAUGGAAUGCAACUUUGGAAAUGAUGGAGGUUGCCUCGCCUUUUCAGACUUGUCCAUUCUCCGGAAUAGGAUUGUGAGACAUGUGCGCCCAUCUUCAAAACGUGCUGCAAGCCUAGCAAACCCCGCAACUGUUGAGGACGUGCUUGGGUAUGUCGGGUCCUUAGGCUCCCUGCGUGCUUAUGCUCACCCUACCCGUCAAGUAUUCUCGGCAGCUCUGAAAUUUUGAAGCGGUGGACGUGGCUGAGGUUGCCUUGUGAUUGCCCACACUAGGCAAUGGGCUUGUGGGGCAUGUGCCACUGUCUUGCCAUGAACCCAGACACUGCUGAGGAAUUGGUUGGGUAUAUAUGAGCACGCUGGUGCGACCCGUACCCAUGGCAUCUACGGGACGCAGCUCUGGAAAUGAUCAAAGUUGCAUUACCAUACAUUGCCCCCGAGGAAUUGAAUUGUGGGGCGGUACGAAUGUCUUUGGGACAUGCUGUAGGCAGCUCCCACGAAUGAGAAACCGUGCUUUUGGAUAUAUUGUCCUGAGACUGCUGCUUGUUGACGGUCAGGAAUUUCACGCAUGGUGCGCAUGGGCGAGGCCAUCAAUCUCUUUAGUAUGGUUGCCCUGGUUUUGCAACUGUCGAGGUUAUUUUUGUCUUUUCUCCUGGCAGCCUGUUGUUGCAGGGAAGCAUGUUCAGUGCUUGGGAAUGGCCAGUGAGUGACGGCUUUGGCACAGGAGCCAGGCAAUGAGGAUUUGCCAAGCAGAGGUGCUUACCCAGUGCCAUGAAAUA